UCAAGAGUUGUUGCAGAUCAAAUAGCCGAGGUUCUCAACUUUUUUGGUCUUAGUGCAGUAAUGUGCAUAGGAGUAGCUGCCGGGGCUUACAUUCUUACCUUAUUUGCUAUGAAGUAUAGACAACGUGUACUUGGUUUGAUACUUGUUUCACCUCUAUGCAAAGAACCAUCUUGGACUGAGUGGUUGUGCAACAAGGUCAUGUCAAAUUUACUCUAUUUUUGUGGCAUGUGCGGGGUGGCAAAGGAAAUGUUGCUGAAGCGGUACUAUAGCAAGGACAUUCGAGGUGGUGCUCAAUUCCCAGAGUCAGAUAUAGUUAAAGCUUGCCGAAGGUCACUGGACGAGAUGCACAGUUUGAAUGUGUGGCGGUUCCUUGAAGCUAUUAAUGGGAGGCCGGACUUAAGUGAAGGAUUGAGAAAAUUAAAUUGCCGUUCACUAAUUUUUGUUGGGGAUAUGUCUCCUUUCCACUCGGAAGCUCUCCAUAUUACUUCAAAGUUAGACAGGCGAUUCAGUGCCCUAGUCGAGGUUCAAGCAUGCGGGUCUAUAGUGACAGAGGAGCAGCCUCAUGCUAUGUUAAUACCAAUAGAGUACUUUCUGAUGGGAUAUGGUUUGUACAGGCAAUCCAAGAGUCUCAGCCCUAGAAGUCCGUUGAGUCCAUCGUGGAUCUCGCCGGAGCUUUUUACGCCAGAGAGCAUGGGUUUGAAAUUGAAACCGAUAAAGACACGAAUUCCCACGUAAACCCAGUAGAUGAAUGAGGUUGCUUCUGAUUUUUGAUCUGUUUAAUUGAAUUCUCGGGUUAGUUGGAAUAUCUGAUGAAUGAAGUGAUUCCAGAUUGCUUGUAGAUAAAGGUGAUGAUGAAAAUAAGAAAUCAACCACAAAAGAAAUGGGAAAGAAUUUGGUUGAAAUCAACAGAUAGUAAUUCUUUGAUUUGUAAUCAUAUAGAUAUUUUAAUUGAUGAUCUGAAGCCUGAAUGGUAGAUAAAGCUUCGGAAUUGUCGUUUUUGGAUUACCAAAAAGAGAAACAAAAGGAUGUUGUGGUUAUGAUUGUAAAGCAAACAUGGAGGGCAAAUUGUUACUUCAUGCAAAUGUCUUGUUUCUGAAGUAAUUUCAUCAUGUUGAAAUAGAAUAGCGUCUUUCUUAA